AUGAUCUCAGAUGAAGGGUUCCUGUGUGCCGUGCCUCUUGGCGGAGGCGAACAGCGACCCCCCCCGAUCCCUUCUGCAAUACCACACAAUGGAAUACCGUCUCCCGUGCGCGAUGCGUCGGCGCUGUUCUCGCACACGGAGACAAUGACGCCGAACUUGUACAGCGCGCUAAGUGCCUCUGCCAUAUAUCCGUCCGCGUACCCUUCAGACCCCUACAUCUCGAGUGCCGCGUCCGCAUCACGCGCCGAACGCCCGCCACUGUCGCACAACCCCUACACAUACGGCAGUUGGACGGCUCCGGCGCCUCCUCUGAGCUCAGCAGCAGCAACAGGACCGUCGGCCGAGGCAGAAGCGCGUGCAGCGCUUAGCGAGGCGGAGCGGCAGCGUCAAAUCCUGCAGCUGGAGCGAGAGCUCGCCGAGGAGCAGCGACAGCGGUUGGAGGCCCGCUUGUCACCGUCGUCCUCGUCUGCCGCACGACUCUCUGCAUGGGUGCCGGGUGACCGGGUCCCUUUCUCGGAGGCUGCGGGCGACGCACCGUGUUACGGUGGGUCGGAGGCGUCUUCUUCAGCGCCAGCCGAGCCAGCCUACGAUGAGGUUGGCGAGGAGUUGCGAGGCUUCUCGAUGGAGGCACCCGCGCCCCCAAGCUCUCCGUCUCCGCCAUCGGCACAUGUGCAGGCCCGCUUCUAUGUGCGGGGAACCAAUUGCGGCGUCGACGCAUCUGGGCCUGAUGCCGCCAUCAACAAGAGGCCGCAGGAGCAACCGACCGAAGCGUGCGCACCUCCAUCGCCUUCCUUGGCGACAUCAGCGGCUCCCACCGAUGACUUCCAUGAAGGUUCGGCAGUGUCGCCUCAACCGCACCCAUCCCAGACUCCAAGCCCUCACCGUUCUUCUCCGCAGCCGUGCACCCCUCCUAAAGAAGCAGUUCCGCCGCUCUCUACAGGCGAGCAGAGUGCUUCGGCGCACAUGACGCGUGCAGAGUCCUCGUCGCCCUCUCCAAAGCGGGCGCCUGUGCGGUCAGAGGAGCGCCAUACUCCGCGGCGCCCCGCACCGCCGCCGCCGCCCUCUGAGGAGGACAGAUCACGAGGAUCACCUCGAAAGCCAAACUCUGCACAGCGCGCGGUGGCCGACAUGCGCGAGGACGAGGAGCAGCGCCUGUACGAGGCCUACAAGCAGAAGCUAGUUCGCAUUCAAGAAGCGUUGCACCCAUCCAGUGAGACUGGUGUGCUAGGCGCAACAGCGUCCAUCGAAGCCUGUCGUGCACAUCAGCGGCGCUACCGUCUCACUACCCCGGCCUUGUGGCCAAGCACACCACCGGCACUACCGUCGUCGUCUCCUGCGUUGCGUGCCACUGGCGAGCUUCCACUAGUGCGGCGAGCGCCCUCUACAGGGUCUUACGCGGACCCAGUUGCUCUCCUUCCGUGUGGGCGCCAGCGGCAACUUCGCUGGGAUGUCGCACACAGCGGAAACAUCGUCGUGUCGGGCGACGGAUAUGUCUGCAAGGCGGACGCCACGGACGCGCUUACGCUGAUUGAGCGGGAGUACGAGGGACGUCUGGAGGACGUGCUGCAGCGUCUGGUUAUCCCCUUCUACGCGAUGGGCAACCUCGGCGUGACGCACGGCUAUCUGACCUUUGCGUUUCGAUGGGAAUCCCCGACAACGAUGCCUCGCGCCUCGGUGCGGCAGCGGCGCGGUCGUGGAGGUGGCUAUGGUGGUAGGCGGCGCCGCGCACCCGCACUGGCGUUCGGAUUCGCCACCCGCGUCUUCACAGGUUACGGGACGGAGGCACCCGCGUUUCUGUACCUGUCGACCGGGGCAAUUGCGCAGGGGCUGAGCACUACCACCUCCGCUGGCGCGGAACGACCCUACGGUGCUCCGUACGAGCCGGGGUCGGAACUGGCUGCCCGACUCGACCUGGAGCACGGUGAGCUGGAGUUUUACGUAGAGGGCGUCUCCAUGGGCGUUGCAUUUCGCUUCUGCCCCGCUCGCCACCCCGCGCCGCUCUUUCCAGUGGUCGUCUUCUCCGCCGAGAUGGACGUGGCUGAGCUUCUAUACUCUACCUGA